AUUCAUGAGGACAGAUGAAGUGUGUUUAACGUUACUGUUCGGAGAGGGGACGUCCUGGAGGCAAAACACCAAACGCACAGAGGAGCUGCUGGCCUCAUGUGAUAAGACUGUGACUGUCUCCUGAGCGCUGGGGGUGUGAAGGCUCCACCAGAGGAGAAGAAGAAGGUCCUCACUGCUCCCAAAGCCAAAGACGAGGGCUGGAGCUGAAGAUCUCAGCUGGACAUACUGUGUGAGGAGACCCGAUACCGGAUAAUAUUACUGUGUGUGGUGAUCGCAAAAGCAAUGGGGAGCUGGAAAUAGGCCUCCAAACCAUCAAAAUCUCCACGGUGGACCUUCUAGACCUACCCCACCUUCUCAGGCAGCUAUCCACCAACGUUUUGCAAAAAGAAGGUUCAAUCCAAGACCUGAACCCUGGAACCAUCUGUGAUUUUGUGUACCUCUUUUUGGUUUGACUGUUUUUAGAUGGGGUCAGCGUUUGGGAGGUUCUGUAUGCAGUUCUUUUGCUGCUGCUGCGUCGCAGACGAGGAGGAUGAGGACGAAAAGGAGCCACUGCUGCCGCCUGACCCACUGGAGUAUUUUAACCGUGAAGUGCAGAAGCGCAGAGACGAGGAAACCAACCUGUGGAGCACCCCAGGAGACCCCAGCCACUCUGAGAGGGACGAUGACCGGACCCUGUACACCCUGAUCCAGGCACGCAACAAGACACGCAUGGGCUCUACGGGUUACAGACGUUUAAGUGUGGACAUUGAAGCCAUGAGAGACACACGGCGAGAAGUACGAGACAAGUGGAAGACCAUACUGGAGAACUUGGGUUUCAUGGCGGAGGCUGACUCUCUCCUGAACGUCUCUGCCGGAGCGUCUCAGGACCGCAUGAGGAACGCGGCGGCGGCUCGGUCAAUGCUCAACAUGCUCCACACCGAGACGUCCAUCUUCAACAGCAGCAAGGACCCCCCACCAGAGAGAUACCUCUUCAUCCUGGAUCGCCUCAUAUACUUGGACAUAGCGGAGGAUUUUGUAGCCAAGGCCAAACGUUUCUACCCCCCCAAAGACGACGACGACUCAGACGAGGACCCCACAGGGCUGGGGAUCAACCUGCCGCUGCUGCUGGCGCGUGUUGAGGCCAUGAACGGAGCUCAUGACGAUGAUGAAGAUGAGAGCGACGCCAGUGACAGAUCCUAAAGCCGCAGUACAUCACACUGACACUAGGGGGCAGUGGUUUACAAGCUAGAACACUACAUGAGUUUGUGCAUAACUAGGCCUACAAGUUUUCUGCAGUUUAAAAUGGAAAUUACAUUUACCACACAUCUUUUCUAUAUAAAGGUGUAUUAUGUAACAUUUCUGGUGGAGGGUCUGCUACCUGCUUGUUUCCUGAGAACUGUAUUGCUUCUCCUGGAAAGUUCCACAGUAUUGCUUUUUACCUUUCUUCUACUAAAGUGUUUUUGUUGCUGAAAAAAAUCCCGGAAAACAUGCAUUGUUUCUGUGAGCAGGGUUGCCUCUUUACAGAUCUGAUCUGUAACUUGGCCUCGUGGCGUCACCAGCUUGUGUCUAUGAAAAUAGAGAAAUUUAAUGCCAUACUGUGAAACAUUCUAUGCAAAGCAGUGACAUUUCCAAGUCGCUGGGGAACCCAACACCAGAAAUGCACCUUUAAUGGUCCUAUAUUAAGCAAAAUGUACUCCUGUGAGCUGUAAGUCAUGUUAUAAUGUUGUUACCUCAUCAAAAACAUCAUUCACACAUGUCUGAGUAAUCCUCUAUUAUUAGACUGUCUGCAUCUCCAAAGCUCAAAUUCCACCUUAUGAUGUCAUGAAGCAGGAGUUUUCAAGAUAACAGCUACCUUUAUUUCCGAGACAAUUCAUCCAAUCAUCCAAAUGAUUCUACUGUAAGUACACUACCUGUCAAAAGUUUUAGAACACCACACCUUUUCCAGUUUUUUACUCUUUACCGUUUACUGUUGACCAAAAUAUAUUCUAAACUUUUGAUUCAUGAAAGUGUCCACCUUUGGCAGAUAUAAGAGCUGAACACACUCGUGGCUCGUUCUUUUUACAAUAGAAAUCAAAUAUUCUUCACUAAGUUCUCCCCAAGUCUGUUGCAGAAGUUUCCAUAAAUGCGUGGCUCUUGUAGGUUGCUUAGUUUUCACUCUUCUGUCCAGUUCAUCCCAAAACCAGCUCAGCAGUUCAAGGGGUUUAAGUCUGGAGACUGUGCUGGGCACUUCAUGUUUUGAAGAUCACUAUCUUGUUCUUUUUUCCUGAGGUAGUUUUUUCAGAGCUUGGACUUGUGUUUUGUUAUCUUUUUUUUUUUUCUUAACCUCUGGCUGUUCAGUAUUUACCAUUGUACCAUUUAAAUCUCUUCAUUGGACUUGCACAACUUGAACUGCAAUAAAUAACUGGAAAAAAUUAGGGUGUUCUAAAACUUUUGACUGGAAGUGUAUAUGGAGUUUAAAAACCACAGUGGAGCACUUUCUGUUUUACCAACUGACAUCACAAGGUGGAACAAGUAGAAUGAACUUUUUUUUUGUUUGUUUGUAAAUAUGCAGGAUUUAUGUGUUAAACAUGUGUGAAUGAAACAAAACAGAACUCCAGGUAUGUUUUUGAUGACUAAACAUUAUUACAUAGAUUGGAAAAUAUUGUAAUAGAUGCCCUCGUCCUGGUCAAAAUCAGGUGUUAACCAACAUACAUUUGAUCAUAGAAAACAUGCUGACUUGUACAGUAUUUUCUGUCUCUUUUUGUGAACCUGGAGGGCAGUUCUGUUCAUUUUGUCCUAUGAUUAUCAGCCCUUACUGCAGCAGAAUCACAUGAUCGGGAGUAAGCAUCCAUAAAUAUCCCAUAUUUCUCUUAAAAGCCCCCUUCACUUUGCUUAAGAAUACAAGUCAGUGGCAUUAGGCAGUGGAGGUGUACAGGAAGUCAUGUAAGUGGUGCAUCUGGGAAGUAGUGUAAAGGUUGUCUAUAGGAUAACUCAGUUGUGUGCUCUGUGUGUAUGUGUUUAAUGCUGAAAUAAAGUUGUAGCCUAAAGCGCAA